AUGUCUUAUUCUCAACUCAACGACUCUCAAAUCACCAAAAAUCCUCUUAUCCCCUCGAUAAACGAAAUCCAAUCUUCAUCUUCCAACAGAUUGGGAAAAAUAACAAAAGAUACCCAUGUUCUUCAUGAAGAAAAUACGGACAAUAGCGGAGUUAUUGGAAGAAACGUAAAUCCGAGAUGUAAAAAACAUUGUCAACACGAAUACCAAAAACGCAUGAAAGAACUUUCUAAAAAUCGUGCCAUCUAUCUUAAGAAACGUAAGGCUCAAUAUAAAUCUCGUCGCCGCGCUGAAAAACGUAGGCUUCUUCGCAAUCCUCAACCCAUUCCAUAUGCCCUAAGAUUGCCUGUCGAAACUUUUACCAGAGUGUGUAGUUACUUACCACCGUCUGACUUGUAUUCCCUGACCCGAGUUUGCAAACAGUGGAGAAGUUGGCUAGACGCACCGGAAAACAAAUAUACUCAAGAAAUUUGGGCACAUUCUCAAAGUGGAAAAAGAUUCCAAGCUGGAUCACUGAUUGCUUCUUCUGUACAAAUGCCAAAGCUCACAAAUAUUGUCGCUACAAGGAUACCUUGGUCCGAUGUUGCAGGCAUUGUCACGGUCUCUACUCAAGACGUGCGAGGAAGAAACCUGGAACUACCCAAACAAACCAUCGCAGUAGCGUCAGAUAUCAGUACUGUGACGGAUAUUUGCGCCCUUACUAAUCGACUCAUGAAUUUAAAUUAUUAUUCAUCAUUCGAAAAGGAGAUAGAUGCAUUAACUACUUCAUACUGA